AUUAAUUUAGAUGGUUCUUUAGUUUCCCACUGAUCUCCGUGAUUGGCGCGUGAACUCUGUCAAAAAUUUGUUAAAGAAAUCACACAAACUUACUAAAUUUAGCAUUCAUCAUCAUCAUGUCAUCAUCUUCUCCACUCCAUCAACAAACUCAGAUCUGAAUCCCCCAUAAUCCCAUACACGCACCCUCACAUUAUUUCUAUGAGUCGAACGCCACAAAAUCUCGAGUUUCAAGAAUGGUGGAACAAGCAAUGCCAAUCCCUCUACAGAAACAACCCCACCGACCACGUCACCACUCCACCCGCCACCUCAGCCACCCUGGACCGAGGCCACACGCGCAACGCGCGGCAGCUCUCAUUUCUCUGGCGACUCAAGCUCCAGCAGCUGGCGACUUCACUCGCGUGGAUGACACACGCUUUCAUCCACUUCCUCCGCACUGCAAAUCGGAGAAUACUGACUAGUAAAGACUCGCAGUCCGAUGCGACGUCGUCUAAGCUUUAUAAAAUCAUCAGAGUGUUCUUGAUUGUUGUGAUAUUGCUACUGUGUUUCGAGCUGGUUGCGUAUUUUAAAGGGUGGCAUUUGAGCGCGUCGGUGUCGGCGGGGGUAGGAUCGGCAUACGAAAUAUGGAUUGAGAUUAGGGGCGGUUAUUUGGCGCCGCCGUUGCAGAGUUUGACGAACGUGUGUAUAGUGUUGUUUAUAAUACAGUCAGUGGAUAGGCUUGUGCUGGUGUUAGGGUUUUUCUGGAUAAAAUUGAGGAAAUUGAAGCCGGAGAUAGUAUUGAAGAAGAGUGUAGAUUGUUACUCUGAUUAUGAGAAUGUGAAUGGGGAAAAUGUAGAGGAUUAUUACCCGAUGGUUUUGGUUCAGAUUCCUAUGUGUAAUGAGCGGGAGGUAUAUCAACAAUCAAUUGCAACAGUUUGUAUUCAGGAUUGGCCAAAGGAGAGAAUGCUUGUGCAAGUCUUAGACGAUUCUGAUGAUUUGGAUGUUCAACUGCUUAUUAAGGCAGAAGUGGUAAAAUGGCAACAAAGGGGUGUACACAUAUUGUAUAGGCAUCGUCUUAUACGGACAGGCUACAAGGCAGGGAAUCUCAAAUCUGCAAUGAACUGUGAUUAUGUGAAAGAUUAUGAAUUUGUGGCAAUCUUUGAUGCAGAUUUUCAGCCAGGACCUGAUUUCUUGAAGAAAACUAUUCCUUACUUCAAGGGGAAUGAUGACCUAGCAUUGGUCCAAACAAGAUGGACCUUUGUGAACAAGGAUGAGAACUUGCUUACUAGACUACAGAACAUAAAUUUGACUUUUCAUUUUGAGGUCGAGCAACAGGUCAACGGUCAUUUCAUUAAUUUCUUUGGUUUUAAUGGAACUGCUGGUGUAUGGAGAAUUAAAGCCCUUGAGGAUUGUGGUGGGUGGCUGGAACGGACAACUGUUGAAGACAUGGAUAUUGCUGUUCGUGCGCACCUUUGUGGAUGGAAGUUUAUAUAUCUUAAUGAUGUUAAGUGCCUUUGUGAACUUCCAGAGUCCUAUGAAGCAUACAAGAAACAGCAGCACCGUUGGCAUUCAGGUCCAAUGCAGCUAUUUCGGAUGUGCUUUGUUGACAUACUUCGAUCAAAGGUGAGUUGGGGCAAGAAAGCAAAUUUGAUAUUUCUGUUCUUCCUAUUGAGGAAGGUUAUCCUACCGUUUUAUUCCUUCACUCUAUUCUGCAUCAUAUUACCACUAACCAUGUUCCUACCAGAAGCUCAGUUACCAGCCUGGGUUGUUUGUUAUAUUCCGGGCAUCAUUUCCAUCUUGAAUAUUCUUCCAGCACCACAGUCAUUCCCAUUUAUAGUCCCCUAUCUUUUAUUUGAAAACACCAUGUCUGUGACCAAAUUCAAUGCCAUGAUAUCAGGUUUGUUUCGAUUUGGAAGUUCGUAUGAAUGGAUUGUUACAAAGAAGUUGGGGAGAUCAUCAGAGGCAGACUUAGUUGCCUUUGCUGAAAAGGAAACGAAUCCUUUGGCCAAUCAAACUACUAGUCUCUAUAGAUCUUCUUCAGAGUCGGGGUUGAGUGAGCUGAAUAAGCUAGAAACAACCAAGAAAACGAUUAAAAAAAGAACGAAUCGUCUGUAUAGGAAGGAACUUGCUCUAGCGUUGAUAUUGUUAACUGCCUCGAUGAGAAGCUUGUUAUCCGCGCAAGGAAUUCACUUUUAUUUCCUCCUGUUUCAAGGUAUCAGUUUUCUGGUUGUUGGUCUUGAUUUGAUUGGAGAACAGGUCAGUUAACCACAUCGUCUAGGGUAUGGCCUGAAACAUAGUUCCGCAAUCCCGUCGGUUCAUCACAGCAAAAUUUGUAAAUUAGAGACGGCGAGAUUGAAACAUACUCAUUGGUUGUCUACGAUUGAAGCAAUUUCAUUCAUUUGAGUUUGGAAAAUUGUACACUAUUUAUUCUUUAUAUGGAGAAGGAUGAUUGUGGUUGUGAGUCAUCUAUUGUUGUUGCAGAAUAUUGGGGGUGAGAAAAUUCAGAAUUUGUGCUGGACAUUGGUCUUUUUUUUCCUAUUUUGUAGGUCCAGAUUUUUUGGUUCAUAGUGUAAGAAAAAAUAUACAUAUGCAUGCCUAGGUUAGAAUAAGGCAUUCACUAUUAGCUCAUUAUAUUUGAUAUUCUUAUUCUUUAAGUUUGUUUUUUUCGCAGAUUCGUUGAUUGUAGCAAUGUAUUACAUAAUUAUUUGUGUUUAAA